GGGGAAUUUAGGAAGGAGGGGCCAUUUGCAGAAAAGCUGGGAGAAAAUGAUAGACAAUCCCAGAAGAUCAAGGGUGUCAGUGGCUGCAGAAAGGACAUGUUGUUGUUGUUUAGUCGUUUAGUGUGUCUGACUCUUCGUGACCCCAUGGACCAUAGCACGCCAGGCACUCCUGUCUUCCACUGCCUCCCGCAGUUUGGUCAAACUCAUGUUCGUAGCUUCGAGAACACUGUCCAACCAUCUCGUCCUCUGUCAUCCCCUUCUCCUAGUGCCCUCCAUCUUUCCCAACAUCAGGGUCUUUUCCAGGGAGUCUUCUCUUGGCCCUUGUGGUCUCUUCCAACUCUAUGAUUCUAUGAUUCUCUUCUCAUGAGGUGGCCAAAGUAUUGGAGCCUCAGCUUCAGGAUCUGUCCAUCCAGUGAGCACUCGGGGCUGAUUUCCUUCAGAAUGGAUAGGUUUGAUCUUCUUGCAGCCCAUGGGACUCUCAAGAGUCUCCUCCAGCACCAUAAUUCAAAAGCAUCAAUUCUUCGGCGAUCAGCCUUCUUUAUGGUCCAGCUCUCACUUCCAUACAUCACUACUGGGAAAACCAUAGCUUUAACUAUACGGACCUUUGUCGGCAAGGUGAUGUCUCUGCAAAAAGGACAUAGGAAGCCCCUUUGUACUGAGUCAGACCAGUACAGCUAAUUUUCUUUAUUUCUUUUUUAAUGCAGAGAGAAUAAACAGUUUGAGGAGAAGCUGAAUGAAUUCUUUGCUAUGUUUUGUUCAUGAACUUCAAAGGGAGGCUGCAAGGUGACUGAGGAUUAAAUUGGGGUGGCUUAUUUUUACACUUAACCUGGGCUGCCUGUGUUUUGGUGUGAUCCAGUUUUUUGUUCUGUAAUAGUGGAGACAUGCUAUAUAGCAAGCAAAUGUACAAAUAUCUGCUAAUCGAGGUUAGCACCUUAUGCAGUGAUGCAGAGUCAGCUGAGGCCUGAGUAAAAAGGAGCAAUGCCCCUCUGGGAAUUGCAGAUGGGGUGGGAGAACAGGGUGCUAAGAUUGCUGGAGUGGUACAGCAGCUGCCUUGCAUGCAGAAGGUCCCAACAUUCCCUGCCUGACAUGUUCGUUAUGUUCUUCUGUAACCUCCAGUAUCAAAUAUUUUUGUUUCUGCUCUGCUCAGAAAAUACACUGGCUUAUCUGAAUUUACUCCUCUUCCAGCUGCUUUGCUUUGCUGCAGAUUCCAGUCAUAGUUUGGUCUGGAUCCACCCCUUGAAGGAGAAUGGCUGAAGCACAGCAUCCUCUGGUUUGCCCGAAAAAAGAGGGAGACAUCAAAACUGAGGAUCAGCAGAGUAGUGAAGACCUUCUGAGAGAAAUAGAAGCUGAGAGGAUUAAGAUUGUCCGGGAGUGGAAGGAGAUGCACCAGAUUCUCGAUGAGCAGCAGCAGCUCUUGCUGAGGUGGCUACAGAACAUGGAGGGUGACGUUCUCCACAGAAAGAAGGAGGUUCUCCGAAUCACCAGGGAGACUUCCCUCCUCGGUGACCUGGAAAAGGAGAAGGCGGCACAGCAGCCAUUACAGGGUUUACACAGCACUGGCUGCAGAGACGAUACAUUCUUCCCAAAACCACAGCCAGAUUUGGGGGAGCUGGAGCAGAAGCUGAGCGAUUUCUCCCACAAAAGGGCUGCUUUCCUGGAAACGCUGCUGGCAUUCAAAGGAGAUCUGCAUCUGGAGUUGAAGAGGAAUGGAGCAGGAGACGGCCAGGUGAGCAACAUGGAGGAUGAGAAACCUCUGAUGGAUUAUACUGAGCAACAGGAACGGAAUGAUAGGACAACGGAAGGAGCAGCGGAGAAAAUGUCUCUGUGCCCUGAAUUGAAGGCCACUUCUGAGAGUGAACAUGGUUCAAAAAGAGAGCGGAGGAAGUGUCUGGACAAAGGGGAGGAGGACAAAUCUAUUCCCUGCAAAGGAAACAACUGUGACCUUGAUGGGCACAAAGUUCUGCCAAGGACUCAACAGACUAGGAAGCAAAGUAUGUGUGCCGAGUGUGGGAAAUGCUUCAGCCAGAAGUCAAACCUUAUUACACAUCAGAGAAUCCACACUGGUGAGAAGCCGUUCGAGUGUGCAGACUGCGGAAAGAGCUUCUGCCAGAGAUCGGGACUCAUUUCGCACCAGAGAACCCACACGGGUGAGAGGCCGCACAAAUGCUUGCAGUGCGAGAAGAGCUUCCGGUUCCACUCCAACCUCAUCGUGCACGAGAGGACUCACACGGAGGAGAAGCCGUACAAGUGCUCGCGUUGCGGGAAGCGCUUCAACCAGCGGUCGAACCUCAUCAGUCAUGAAGGGAGCCACCGGCAGGAGAAGCCGUGCAAGUGUUCCGAGUGUGGGAAAAGCUUCCGCCGGAGCUCGGAGCUCACUGUCCACAUGAUGACCCACACGGGGGAAAAGACAUACAAGUGCCUCCAGUGCGGGAAAGGGUUCAGGAGGAGGACAGACCUCAUUGUGCAUGAGAGGACCCACACGGGAGAGAAGCCAUACAGCUGUCCCGAUUGCGGGAAAAGCUUCAGCCAGAGGUCGGGCUUAAUUGCGCACGAGCGGAUGCACACAGAAGAGAAGCAGCACGAGUGCGUGGUGUGCAACAAGGGCUUCAGCCACACCGCACACCUUGCCGUGCACGACCUCGCCACGCACCACCAGAACCACACAGGCGAGAAGCCAAACGAAUGCGCAGGCUGCGGGAAGAGCUUCUGCCAGAGAUCGAAACUUGCCGUCCACCAGAGAACCCACAUGCGUGAGAAGCUGCACAAAUGCUCUCACUGUGAGAAGAGCUUCGGCUUCCAGUCCUACCUCAUUGCACACGAGAGAAUCCAUACCGGGGAGAAGCCGUUCAAAUGCUCGCAUUGUGGGAAGGGCUUCAGCCAGCGGUCAGCCCUCAAAGGUCACGAAGGGACUCACCAGGAAGAGAAGCCGUACAAGUGCUCCGAGUGCAGGAAAAGCUUCUGCCGGAGCUCGGAGCUCCUCGUCCACCUGAUGACCCACACGGGGGAGAAGCCGUACAAGUGCCCUCAGUGCGGGAAGCGCUUCAGGAGGAAACCGGAGCUCACCGUCCACGAGAGGAUCCACACGGGCGAGAAGCCGUACAAGUGCACAGACUGCGGGAAAAGCUUCAGCCAGAUGUCGGGCCUCCUCAGUCACGAACGUACCCACCGGGAAGAGAAGCCGUAUGAGUGCUCCAAGUGUGGGAGGGGUUUCAGGAGGAAGCCGGACCUCACCGUGCACGAGAGGACCCACACAGGGGGAAAACCGUACAAGUGCGCUGAGUGCGGGAAGGGGUUCAGGAGGAGGACAGAUCUCAUCGUGCACAAGAGGACCCACACAGGGGAGAAGCCGUACAAGUGCCCUCACUGCGAGAAAAGCUUCAGGCAGAAGUCAGGCCUGAACAUGCACAAGAGGACCCACACAGAGGAAAAGCCGUAGAAAUGUGUGGUUUGCGACAAGAGCAUCAGCCAUGCCUCACACCUUUCUGUGCAUGAAAUGACCCACCUGGAAAAGCAGCCAUUUAAGUGCCAGGACUGUGGGAAAAGCUUUGGCUGGAAGCUGGAUCUCACUGUGCACUGCCGGAACCACACAGCGGAGAAGCCAUACGAAUGUGUGGACUGUGGAAAUUCAGCCAGAGGCCAAGCCUACGUACGCAUGAGAGGACCCACUUGGGCAAGAGGCUCUGCCCGUGUGUCAAGUGCGAGGAGAGCUACCAGAACAGCUCCAACCUGAAGUCACACGAGAAGACCCAUGUCAGGUGCUCAGAGUGUGGAAAAAGCUUCAUGGGGAGUUUGGAUCUUAGCAGACACCAGAGAUUCCACACUGGAGAGAACUCAUGAGCAGCCCAAUUAUUUGGAAAACUUAUUUAAAAUAAAUAGUGGUUUUGCACAUUGCUGUUCACUGUUGGCUGUUGACUGGCGUAUGUGGGUGUUGGUUGUUUAGCAUUGUGGGACGCCAUCAUAAUAAAAUGGUGCUGUAGCUCUAGGUUCAAGCAAGGGGGCUGAAACGAAAGGUUUGGCUGAUUAUUUAAAAUAGAGUAGUUCCACUCUCCUUGCCUCUACAGCUUCCAGUGUUCUUCUCUCACCCUCAUUUCACUCCCCUUAUCAGACAAUUCCUUCUUGGUUUCCUCUGGACCAAGGAUGGGGAACCUGCGGCCCUGCAUACAUUGUUUUAUUAUUAUUAUUAUUAUUAUUAUUAUUAUUAUUAUUAUGGAACAUAAUGUAUUUAUAUCACACCUUUUUCUCCAGGGAGCUCAAGCUGGCAUACAUGGUCCCCCCCUCCCCAGCUCAUUUAAAACCUGCAUAUCUUUGCUAACAGAUAGACUGUGUGAUUCUUUUUUCUAAUGAAACAAACUUUUCUUCUUUUUAAAAUCAUUUGGAACUGUCCCCCCCCCCUUUACUUUUACUCCCAACGGAUGGAGAUUUGUUAACUGUAACAGCCAAAACUCUGAAAGUAUGAUAUUCCCUUAUUUGAAAGUAAAACAUUCCCUUAUUUGCAAAGUUAAGUGUCUGUGAUUUAUUCUAAUCUAAGUAUUUUCAUGGGAAACGUUUAAGGGCGGGUGAGAGCAGAUGUAAAAUCUAACCCAAGUUUUAAUGUACUUGGAGCAAUUGGCCAUUGUGCCAACUCUGCUACAAGAGAGUAAUAAUCUUUUUCAGACCUCUUUCUCCAACAGUUAGGAGACCCACUUAGUGCCCUCCCAGUCCCAGAACUGCCAUUCCAAAGUAGCUUAACAUCACUCCCUCUUCUCAGGGAACUGCAGGGCUUCGCCCACAUAUGGUUUUUACAGGAAGCAAAAUAUCAGUGUACUUGUGCACGUGAUCUUGCAAAACAUCUGCCUGUGUGCGUGUGACCGAGAUCUUGCAAAAUAUCUGCCCUUGUGUGCCCAUACACUGGGCCAGGCUCGGGUGGCGCUGUGCUCUAAACCAUGAGCCUCUUGGGCUUGCUGAUCAGAAGGUCGGUGGUUCGAAUCCCUGCGAUGGAGUGAGCUCCUGUUGCUCUGUCCCAGCUCCUGCCAACCUAUCAGUUCAAAAGCAUGCCAGUACAAGUAGAUAGAUACCGCUGCGGCGGGAAGGUAACCGGUAUUUCCAUGUACUCUGGCACUCGUCAACAGUCCUCUGUGCGCCAGUAGCGGUUUAGUUAUGCUGGCCACAUGACCCGGAAAGCUGUCUGCAGACAAAUGCCAGCUCUCUCAGCCUGAAAGCGAGAUGAGCGCCGCAACCCCAUAGUUGGAUUUGACUGGACUUAGCCAUCCAGGGGUCUUUUACCUUUUACACAGGGCCAGAUAUUUUCCAAGAUCUCUCUCUGUCUCUCUCACACAAAACAUGGGCAGAUAUUUUGCAACAUCAUGUGUGCACACACAAGUUCCUUCCUGUUAAAACCUAGAAGACAGUUUCUAGCAAGGGUUGGGAAAGAUCUGAAUGCUCACCGGCUGCAUUCUGAGGCUGUCCCUUUCAGGGCACUGAAAGUGAGUCCAAUGUGCUAAUUCCAGGAGCUGGGGCGAAGGAGAGAGAGCUUCAAGGGGGCACAUUUGGGCCUCAAGGCUGAGGUUCCUACCCCUGAUUUAAAAUCCCUAGAUGACAGAACAGGCAAAAAGUUAAUUGUUCAUACAGGCACAAAUCAGGAAAAAUGAGAUACGUUCCCAUGGUGGCGUGGCAAGAGGCAAAAUGGGCAGAGCAAGAAAUGUAGUUUUUACCGUUGCACAAUAAGGGAGUUCAAUUACCACCAUCAUCAAAAAUUAUAAUUUAUGUCGCCCACCUGAUAAGGUUACCCCAGCUACUCUUGGCAGCAGCUUCCAAUAAAUUAAAACACGGUGUUCCAACCUGCACUGGAUGAUGAUGCUGGUAUUGAUGAUAUAAAAUGAAAAUGAAUAGUUGACAGUUGGAUUAUUCACAGGUAGGUAGCCAUGUUGGUCUGCCGUAGUCAAAACAAAAUAAAAAAAUUCCUUCCAGUAGCACCUUAGAGACCAACUACGUUUUUCAUUGGUAUGAGCUUUUGUGUGCAUGCACACUUCUUCAGAUACACCGAAACAGA